UGUUCGGAGGAGGAAGAAGUCGAUUCUGGAAGCCAUUCCGUUGCGCAGUCCUAUUAAGAAAAACCUACUAUUUUUACGUAUACUACGCACAUUUUGGGUUUUUUUAAAACGGGCGAUUUCUAAUAAAAUGGCAUCGCAGGCGAAGAAGAGAAAAAUGAAUUUCUCAGAGAGGGAAGUGGAAAUUAUAGUGGAGGAAAUGGAGAAACAAAAGCACAUACUGGUUAACCACUUCAAUGCUGGAGUCACACAUAUAACGAAAAACAACGCGUGGGUAGAGAUCCUAAAGCGGGUCAACGCCGUGACAACUUGUCAGCGGGAGCUGGCCGAGGUGAAGAAAAAGUGGUCCGACUUGAAGACCGAGGUCCGCCGCAAAGUGGCCCAGGCGCGGGCGGCGAUGGAGGGGACGGGCGACUGCACCUCGGUCCCCGUCAUCCUCACUUCCAUGCAGCAGAGGAUCUGCAACCUGCUUGGGGAGGCGACCAUCAUCAGCCUGCCUGCGGGAGACGGCGGCACGGAGAUCGCCGUGCCUGUGCCCAUGAGCUCGGCUACGACAGUAACGUUAACGCAGAAUAUUCCCACGGCAUCUGCUGCGGCAUGCGAAGUUCAAAAAACUCUAGAAGCAGAGACGACGUUCCACACGCUGGAAGAAGGCGUGGUGGAAUACUGCACGACAGAGACUCCCGUCACGGUGACCACGGAGGCGCCGGUGGAGAUGCUGUCCGCCCAGGCCGAGUGCUCCAUCAAGCCCCAGGAGCUGAAGAGCCGCAUAGCCCUGAACUCGGCCAAGCUGCUGCAGGAGCAGAAGGUGACCAACUUGCACGUGCGCGAGAUCGCCCAGCACCUGGAGAGCCAGAACGACCUGCUGCAGAUGAUCCGGCGCUCACAGGAAGCGCAGGCCUGCGCGCAGGAGAGACAGGCGCAGGCCCUGGAGGGGACGCAGGCCGCCCUCAUUGCACUCAUCCAGAUGUUCCGGCCGGCCCUGAAGGAUUUCCGGAAGUUUCUGCAGAGCAGUAUGAACAAUUCUGCUCCUGGGGCGCAGUCUGACGGAGCCGAGACCAAAUCCAACCCAGCUCAGCAAGCAGAGGAUGUGCCGUAGGCUGUGUGUGUGUGUGUGUGUGUGUGUGUGUGUGUGUGUGUGCAAGCGUGCGUGCGUGCGUGUGUGUUUAGGCUGUUGUAGCCAACAAGCAGGAAUUUAGAGAAGCAAAUACUAAAUAUUUUGAAAGCUUCUCAAUUCCUCACUUUAAAUGUUACGGAAAGGAAAACUAUCAAAGGACCUAUAAAUGUAAAUUUUAUUUUUUAUGAAGCACUGUAUCAUUUCUUAUGUUCGAUUUUAUGCUUCAAAGCUGAGUUUUGUGUCUUGCUCUAAGAGUAGUGCUUGGCAUAUUUGGGAAAUCUUACUUCUGUUCCAACAGCAACAGAAGAUUUAAAAUGAUGUUUUUGAAAUUAAAUGCUCUUUUAUAUAUUAUGUAUGGAAAAAGUUACAUUCUGACAAAUGAAUGUCAGUGUGCAGCUUUCUGUGGUCAUAAGAAAAUCUCCUUCGAGGAAAUAUUACAGAUUUUGAAGUUAAAAUGUAACAACUUGGUAAGAGGCACAUGCAAUACUAGGCUAACCGCAUAUCUCUUGUCCAUCCUGCCCAGCAGAGCGUUUUGUCACUUUCAGAAUGGAAGGAAGUGACCUCAUCAAGCAUGUGUUGAUCGUUUCAUCAAGGUGUUUGGGGGGGGGGGAAGGAAUCUGUUGACAUUUUCUGUUUUUGGUUUAUUAGGGAAUGUUGGAAAAUACCCGGCUCAUCGUAAACAUGGAAAAUGUGUGUGUGUUACAUCAAAGCAUGAUGAUAAAUUCAGCAGCGUUGUACCUUUUGUACUGAAGCAGAUGUUUAUAUUGUUUCAUAUUUUCAUCUGAAAUAAAAUAUUUAGUUUGAAUUGCCACUGA